AUGGCUGCCGUUCAGCAAAUGCCUUCUGUGCCGACGGGUGUGCCACGGCAGGCUGCCGCGGCAAGCGACGUACUGGACAUCAGACAGGCGGAGAGCGCGUCGAGUGGAUCAGAUACCGCGGACACAGCUCUGGAUACCCCGGUUCGCAUGUCCGGACUUGCCAUCGGCAGCAAAUUUGGCAGCGGUCCGCAGCGAGGGGACACACGCAUCGUCGUUAUUGUCUAUGGGCGUGACCAAGAGGAGAUUAUCUCUGUCUUUGCGGAAGUACUUGGGAAACCAUACUGCAAACGGCCAAACUUCGAGGCUAUAUCAAUAGCAGACAAGGAACGGGUUAUAGGAAUCUACGCAGACAACGCCAAGGCAGACAUCGGCUCAAGGAACACAGAUCUGGUGGUCGCCAUCAAUGCUCACUGCUGCGACUACGAGUUCCUCUACACAAACACACCCUUCUUCCGCCGUGACCUCUCGCGGCUUAUCUCCUUCACUCUUGGCCAGAUCAACCAUCAUCAGACACUGAUGGACAAGCCACGGACAUACUUCAUCUCCACCACGUUCCCCGAUGUUCGAGUUGCGCUUCCCAAUAUCGACAUCCUGACUGUUGGUUCCGACGCUGUCGAAAUCCGGGUUGACUUACUGAAAGAACCCCUGGCCGAUGGGGCUUUUGCGGCAGUUCCCAGUCUCAGUUACGUGGGUGAACAGGUUAUGACGUUGCGCCAGCGUACCGAGCUCCCUAUCAUCUUCACGACGCGUUGCCAGCGUGAGAAUGGCCGUUUCCCCAUGGACAAUCCCGAUUUGUAUUAUCAGUAUCUGUACCGUGCCAUUCAGUGGGGUGUGGAGUACAUUGAUGUUGAGCUGUGGCUUCCCGAGACCAUCCGGAAGCGUUUAUAUGAACGGCGCGGCAACAGCCGCAUCAUGUCCGCAUACCACGACUUCUCUUCCACUUUGAAAUGGCCAACUCCGGAGGCACAAGCUAUCUACGCCGAGUCUUGCAAGUAUGCUGAUAUUGUGAAGAUGAUUACCUACAUCAACGACCGAAACGAGAACUUUGAGCUGGAGUACUUCCGCUCCAAGAUACGUGCAGAGUACCCGAAUGGGCCCCCACUAUCAGCUGUCAACAUGGGCGAGAUGGGCCAGUUCUCGAGGACCCAAAACCAUGUCUUUUCUCCGAUCACGCACCCACUGCUCCCCGUGAUUGCGGCCCCUGGACAAAUGAGUGCCGCCGAAACGAAUGCCGCGCUGUCGAUGCUUGGGCAGCUCCCGAAGAAGAUUAUAUACGGCAUCACAAGCCCUUCGAGUCGCAGCGGGACACCACAGGCGCCGUUUUACGUCAAAUGUUUCAAUGAGCUCGGACUCCCUCACCAGUUCGCCGUCGUGGAACAGCAACCAAAAGGACCGAACCGUGUGGAGACCUGGUGCAACCAGAAGAAUUUUGGCGGCGCGUAUCUUCACCCACCUCUGUCCUACGCCAGCCUUAUUUCCAAAAGUGCCUUUUUCUCUUCUCUGGGAGACGGAGCAGGGCCAAUUCUGACAGGUGCGGCUCGCGUCAUCGGCAAUUUCGACACUAUUAUUGUACGAUCAUUAUCCUCACCUCCACAAUCGACUGAGGUUUCCGAACCUUCGAGCCCAUACCAUCACCAGAACGACAACGGCAAUGGUAGCAGUCAUUCAGUUGUCAGUGGCAGCGGGACCUUGUCGCCAAACACGCAACUUGUUUUCGACAACGCCUCUUGGCGCGGUAUUUUGAGCACGCUUACCCGUGAUUUGGCCCCCUCUGCCUACUUUGGUCGCACCGCCGUCGUUCUUGCGUCUUCCUCGGACGAUGCCGCAAGCGCCGUAUUUGCACUGGGCGCGCUCCGUAUCAGCAAAGUCUAUACCGUCGGCUUCAAGACGCCGUCUGCUCUGGCUGGUGACAUGAUCAUUGAGCCUUUCAACUCGCUGGAAAGCCUGCAGAAGGCGCGUACCGUCGGCGCUCACGAUGACUUUGCGUCUCCGUUUGUGAUCAUCAGUGCACUUGCACCCGAAAAGGGAAAUUUGGUUGGUCUAUUGCUCCGUGUUUUCGGAUCCAGCAAAUCGCCACCGCCAGAUACCACGGAGACAUCUAUCAACGCAAGCAGCACACGGAAAGUGUUCCUCGACCUUGCUGCCGACUCGGGCAGCGGCUCGUUUGCGUCGCGGAAGGCCGACCCUGGUCUCGUGGCAGAGCAAAGCGGAUUUGCGGUCUACGGUUCGUCGGAUGUUAACGCAUUCACAACGGUCGAGACUUUGAGGCUACUUGUUGGACAAAACGUCCCUUAUAGCUUCGUGCGCCUUGCCGGCGGCAGGAGUCCAUUCUAG